GCGGCCACCCCGCGCCGCCCGCCUGAGGAGCCGCGCACAAAGCCGCGCCGCGGCCAUGGAAGAGGAGCUCAAGUGCCCGGUGUGCGGCUCGCUGUUCCGGGAGCCCAUCAUCCUGCCCUGCUCGCACAAUGUCUGCCUGCCCUGCGCCCGCACCAUCGCCGUGCAGACCCCGGAGAGCGAGCAGCACCUCGCGGCGGGCGGCGGCAGCGGCGGGGACCACGCGGACAAGCUGAGCCUGCACAGCGAGACCGACAGCGGCUACGGCUCCUACACGCCCAGCCUGAAGUCCCCGAACGGCGUGCGGGUGCUGCCGCUGGUGCCCGCGCCCCCGGGGGCGGCGGCGGCUCCGCGGGGCGCCGGCCCCGCCAGCUCCUCCCUCACCUGCCCGCAGUGCCACCGGAGCGCGUCCCUGGACCAGCGCGGGCUGCGCGGCUUCCAGCGGAACCGGCUGCUGGAGGCCAUCGUGCAGCGCUACCAGCAGGGCCGCGCCGCCGCCGCCGCCGCCGCCAAGUGCCAGCUGUGCGACCGCAGCCCGCCCGAGCCGGCCGCCGUGCUGUGCGAGCAGUGCGAGGUGCUCUACUGCGCCGCAUGCCAGCUCCGCUGCCACCCGGCCCGCGGGCCCUUCGCCAAGCACCGCCUGGCCCCGCCGCCCGCACACCCGGGCGCCCCCGGCGGCGGCGGGGACGGCGGCGGAGGCAAGGGGGCGGGCGGCGGCCGCAAGCUGCCGACGUGCGCCGAGCACGACCUGGAGAACUACAGCAUGUACUGCGUGAGCUGCCGCAGCCCCGUCUGCUACCAGUGCUUGGAGGAGGGCAAGCACAACAAGCACGACGUGAAGGCCCUGGGAGCCAUGUGGAAGCAGCACAAGGCACAGCUGUCUCAGGCUUUAAAUGGUGUAUCAGAUAAAGCAAAGGAAGCUAAAGAAUUUUUAGUUCAGCUGAAAAAUUUAUUGCAGCAGAUCCAGGAGAACGGGCUGGAUUACGAGGCCUGUCUCGUGGCUCAGUGCGAUGCCUUGGUCGAUGCGUUAACGCGGCAGAAGGCAAAACUGCUCACAAAGGUCACCAAGGAGCGUGAGCACAAGCUGAAGGUUGUUUGGGACCAGAUAAAUCACUGUACACUGAAGCUACGCCAGUCAACAGGGCUCAUGGAAUACUGCCUAGAAGUUAUCAAAGAAAAUGAUCCCUCUGGGUUUUUACAGAUUUCAGAUGCUUUAAUCAAGCGUGUUCAGGUAUCUCAGGAACAGUGGGUAAAAGGAGCCUUGGAGCCAAAAGUGUCUGCUGAGUUUGACUUGACUCUGGACAGUGAACCUUUACUGCAGUCAAUUCACCAGCUGGAUUUUAUUCAGAUGAAAUUUCCUGUUUCAGUGCCACCCGUCCCAUUGCUGCAGCUGGAGAAGUGCUGCACCAGGAACAACAGUGUGACAUUGGCCUGGAGGAUGCCACCUUUGAGCCACAACCCAGUGGAGGGCUAUAUCUUGGAACUUGAUGAUGGAGAUGGUGGCCAAUUCCGAGAGGUAUAUGUUGGCAAGGAGACCCUCUGCACCAUCGACGGCCUUCAUUUCAACAGCACUUACAAUGCCAGGGUCAAAGCUUUCAACUCCUCGGGCGUUGGUCCUUACAGCAAGACGGUCAUUUUACAGACAUCAGAUGGUGAGCUGGGCCUUUGCCACUCUCUAAAUGAAAAGCUGCAGGUCUCAGUGGCAGGACACUUUCAUCCCUUUACACCCAUUAAUGUAUCUGACACCUACUGGCAUUUUCCAUUAUCAGUAAUGCUUCAGGCUUCAAGUCGUGUGAUUUUAGUUGGCUUGGCGUGGUUCACCUUUGACCCCUCGUCAGCCCACAGAGACAUAGUGCUGUCCAAUGACAACCAGACUGCCACCUGCAACAGCUACGAUGACCGGGUGGUGCUGGGCACCGCCGCCUUCUCCAAGGGCGUGCAUUACUGGGAGCUGCACGUGGACCGCUACGACAACCACCCGGACCCGGCCUUCGGCAUCGCCAGGAUUAACGUGGUCAAGGACAUGAUGCUGGGCAAGGACGACAAGGCCUGGGCCAUGUAUGUGGACAACAACCGCAGCUGGUUCAUGCACUGCAACUCCCACACCAACCGGACUGAAGGAGGAGUUUCUAAAGGUGCCACUGUUGGUGUGCUGCUGGAUCUGAACAAGCACAACCUGACCUUUUACAUCAAUGGGCAGCAGCAGGGGCCUCCAGCAUUUGAAAACAUCGAGGGCGUCUUCAUGCCUGCACUGAGCCUCAAUAGAAACGUCCAGGUGACCCUGCACACAGGACUGGAGGUGCCACAAUCCGUAAAACAGCCCAAGCUGCCCAACAACUAAUGAAGCCCGUCUAACACUGUGCUUUAUUCUGCAAGCUUUCUCAGUGUGUUUUGGCACUUUUCAGUAAGUCAGUAAAAAAGCAUCCUCUUCCCUGACUUCAAACACUGUGCAGCAUGCUGCUCACCAAGUAAUCGGCUGGUUAGAGCUAGGCCACUCCAUUUUCAAUUUAACAGCCAUUACAAGCACAUCCACUGGACUGGCACUCAACUGCAGAUGGGUACCUGAACAUAUCUACUCUGCAUUGCAUACAUAUGUACACUCAUGUGCACACACACACAAACACGUCUGUAAAGCAAAAGGUUAAAUGAGUGCAUUUUCUCUCUCAUGGCUGGAUUUGUGCUUAAAUGUUAGGGAUGCUGGAAAAAAUGGGUGAGGUUGAAGGACAGUGGAUGUUGGAGCAGUUUACCAGUAGAUGAACUGGAUUCCCUUGCCACCUGAAGUCCUUAAAUAAAAAAAGCAUAUGUUUUGACAGCUGAAGUGGAGGUUAUAUGCUCAAGAAUUCCUGGUUGUCAAUUCCUUUCAGGGGCUCAAAUGAUCAUGGAUUAUUCCUUCUGGCUCUAGACUGCAGUAAGUUAUAGGAUAAUGUCCCCUUAGGAUUCAGUGGCAGAACUUAUCUGCAAUGAGAAUGAGAUUGGUUCCCAAACGCUGCCAUGAAAUAGCUGGGUUCAUUUUAGCUAACACCAUGAUACAUGCAGAAUUCAGGUACAGAAAGUUGAAAGAAAAACAUCCUUGAUGCAUUUUAGUGUUUGUUAUUUAGGCAUGACUACGG